AUGAAGCUUUUCUCUGUCUCCCUUGCUCUUGCGGCUUGCCUCAGCAUGGCAGCUGCCCAGGGCCUUGACGGUCUGCCGGAUUGUGCUAAAUCAUGCGCUACGAAUUCCAUCCCCGCCAGGUGCGGUUUUGACGUGAAGUGCAUCUGCACCGACUCGUCCUUCAUUUCGGGUAUUUCGUGCUGCGUUCUCCAAUCAUGCGCUGCGGACCAGCAGCAGGCCGCCGUCGAGUUUGCGAACCGGAUAUGCAGAACCGCCGGCGUAACCAACAUGCCUCAGUCUCCCAGCUGCGCAAACGCAACCCAAUCUGCCACUGGCACGCCCUCUGGAUCCUCUACAAGCACUUCUAGUUCUUCCACCGAGUCCAACGCCUCCCAGACCGCUGCAACUGCAACCACUUCUACCACAACCAGUUCUACCACUGGCUCCGCGACCUCGUCUGCUGCUUCGGCUACCAACAGCAGUACCGGGGCUGCCGUUGCUCAGCACAAGGACACUGGUCUCAUUGCCCUUGCCGGUGCUGCGCUUGCGGCUUUCGGCUUGCUCGCUUAG